AUGACUCGUGACUCACCAGGCCAGUAUGACUCGUCCGAGCUGCGCGACCUGUCGACCGCGCCGGCGUCUGUCCGCGCAGCCAACAUCACCAUCAUCCACCCCCAGUUACGUGACCUCGUGCUUCCCAUCGAGCGCGGUCGCGUCCUCUACCCCCACGGCACAGCGAUUGAGGAUCAGCGGUGGACGGAAGAUGACGACAACCCCGGCGGCGCACGGAGCUACAUGAACAGCCUGGCCAAACUCUCCUUUGUACCGACAUGUCUUACCUCCAACGACGGCAUCCUCGCGUGCGGUGGGCAGAAGGGCGAACUGUUCAUGACCGACAUUCCUGUCAGUGGCAAGGACCGUCUCGACAGCUCGGUGAAGCCCUUCACACUCACCCUCACCCUGCCGAGCCGCUCGAUCAACAACGCCAUCACCAUCCUACCGUCCUGGCCGCGAGGUUGGGCGAUGCGCCGCGCCGAGUGGAAGCGCGCGUACGCUGCUUAUGCUCGUGGCCACGAAGAUGAGCUUGAUGACUCUGACGUCGAAGCAGGCGAAGACGCAGACGAUGACGACGAGUACAUGGACUACCUCCAGGAGGAAGAGGAGGACGAGACCCUCUCUCCCGCAAGCAGCGUCGCAACCUACCCGAAUACUAUACCGUCCGGCCUCCGGCGGCUGUCUGGACAGUACCACCGCCAACCCCAAGUCGUCACGCAGGGACGCGCUUCGCCGGCGAGUGUGGGCAGUUCGCACUCGCACCGGCGGCGGGUAGACGAGCCGCGCAUCCUCGUGAGCAACAACGACAAGACUGUCAAGAUGUUUUCCCUCCGCCGACUUGGCGAGGACGACGAGCGCGCCCCGCCGCGGGAGCGUGAACCCGAACGCAGGGGCACAGAGUGGGAGCUGGCGCCGACGAGCGCGCUUCGCCGCACCGAGGGUGGGGACCCGCGCUACGCGCUCGACGGGCGGGCGCUCCUUCCUCUCCCACCACUGCCGCCACGCCGCGCACUCUUUGGCAGCACGUUAGGGUACGACAGCAUCGGGCUGAACGAGGGCAUCCUCGCGCAGGAUCUGCAUUCACCUCCCAGUCCGCCACCCCGCAUGGGUACAGAAGACGUCACCCUCCGCGGCUCGCGAUACCCCGGCGAAAGCCUGGCCGACUACCGCGCCCGCAUGCCGGCGGGGGAGCGCGACGAGCGGAUCUGGUUCCGCAUGCGCGCCCAGCGCCGUGCCGAACUAGAGGCGCAUGUUGGGCUGGCGCCGGCGCCUCCGCAGGAAGGCGACUGCAAACUCUCAAGCAUUGGCGGCCAGCGCUUCAAGCUGGCUGUCAACCACUCCUCCCUCAGUCCGGACUUGCGCACAAUGGUCACUGUUGGCGACAGCACCGACGUGUUCUUGCACGAGGUGCUCGAUGGAGGCCAGAACUUCCGGCGGAUAGGCGUGUACAAUGCAGCAACAGACUCGGGCUUCAGCACAAGCUGGAGCCGGGACGGGCGGCGUUUCGCCGUCGCAAGCCAGGACGGGCAGGUGACGGUAUGGGACCACCGCUCUUCGCGGCCGCUCGCCAUCUUCCACACUCAGCCCCAAGGAUCGCGGUACAGCGACUUGGACGAUCGUACGAUGGACCCUCCAGUCGGCUCGCAGUCUGGCCUCGAAGCUGCGCGGGUAGUCAAGUUCUCGCCCGAGGGCGCGUCACGUGACCUACUCGUGUUCAGCGAGGAGUUGACGCGCAUCCACAUUGUCGAUGCGCGUACGUUCCAGACGCACGUGUGUGUUGAGGUGCCGUUCGAGGUGGCGAGCGCUGCUCCGCCUCCCUCCCGCAGGCCGAGACGCGGUGUCGACGGCGGGUUAUACGGUAUCUCGGGGAUUGCGUUUGAUCCUAGUGGUGACUGGCUGUAUGCUGGCACGGAGCGGACUGUUGUCGAGUGGGAUAUGCGGCGGUACGGCGGCGGCGAGGGGGGUACGUGGUCCAUGGCGUAG